AUGCCGCGCGAGGCCGUAGAGGCCGCCAAGGUGGUCAUCCUGGAUGGCCUCGCGGUGACGCUAGCUGGCUCCCGCGAAACGGCAGCGCAGAUCGUCGCAGAUUAUGCCCGGGAGAUGGGCGGCAAUCCGGUGUGUUCCGCAAUCGGCCACGGGUUCAAAACUUCUCCGCCCAUGGCCGCCUUCGUGAACGGAGUGGCGUGCCACGUUCUAGAUUACGAGGUAAUGUGGCACCCGGCAACGCACGCAACCUCGCCUACACUCCCCGGCAUACUCGCAUUGGCAGAAAGCCGCAAGGCGACGGGAAGAGAAAUAGUUGCCGCCCUCGUGACGGGGUUCGAGGUGCAGGGUAGGAUCCGUGUCGCUUCCGCGAAUAUGGGGCUGGGGGGCUUCCACCCGCCGGGCCUGGUCGGCGUCAUGGGCAGUGCCGCGGCAGGGUCGGUCAUGCUCGGGCUCGACACGCAGCAGACGCGGAUGGCGCUGGGCUUGCCGCAUCAAGAGCCGGGACGGUGUCGGCCAAACACCGGGACGAUGACCAAGUCCACCCACUGUGGCAACGCGGGCCGGAUGGGGCUGGAAGCGGCGCUUCUCGCGCAAAAGGGAUUCACGGCCAACGCCAAUGUGAUUGAGCAUGAAAACGGCUACGCCGCAGUGCUGUUCGGAGACGAGUUUGACCUUGAUGCCGUUACCCGGGAUUUUGGCCACCCUUACCGGCUGGUCGAUCCCGGGGUUGCUAUCAAGAAACAUCCCAGCCAGUACGGUACUCACCGGGGCAUUGAUGCUGCCCUCGAUAUGCAGGACCGAUUCGGCGUCGAUACCAACCGUAUCUCUUCGGUGCGCAUAGAAACUCCAGUGAUGCGCUAUGUGGGCAGGCCUUUCCCGGAAACCGGCCUGGAUGGGAAAUUCAGCUUCCAGUACACCGUGGCAGCCGCACUGCUGGACCGCCGCGUCGGCAUCGAGACCUUCACAGAUGAGGCCGUAAACCGCCCUGAGGUGCUGGAACUCCUUGGCAAGAUCUCCGUUGACAUGAGGCCCGAAAUUCCGGCCAACUUCGAAGACAUGUGGGUCGCUGUGCGGGUGGAGACCAGCGAUGGACAGACGUUUGUCAGCCGCUGCGACCGCCCGCGGGGAAUCUGGGGUAACCCGUUAACCCGAGAUGAAAGGCUGGCAAAGGUUAGGUCGUGCGCCAGUCGCCUGCUGUCAGGUGCGGCAACCGAGCGAUACAUAGAUAUCGUAGAAGAUCUGGAAAACCCCGACAGCGAUACGGUCCAGGAACUGGUAGGGAUCCUUGGCAGCGGUCCUUCUCGUUGA